CUUGGAACGACCUGAUUCUGAGUGUCGAACACACGCAUUCUGGCACUCGCAGUCGGUACAGACAAUCAGCUGUGAUAACACGCGGUGCUAUAGUGUUUUUUGUUUGACAGAUUCUAGUGCAUAUGGAGUUCAAUCGGCGUCUUCGAGCAACAAAAUAAAGUCAGAACAAAAUGGAGAGAAGGAAAGUGUCAGAAGCUUUGAAAGAAACAGAUUAUGGGACAGUGCAGUACAAUGAAGAGGAAGAGUUAACAUGGCGUUUUUGGAAAAAGCGAAGGUACAUUGUUGGAAUGUUAGCUUUCCUAGGAUUUUUCGUUUCGUACAUACUUCGCGUAAACCUAAGUAUAGCCAUAGUUGCUAUGACUGAGAACAGAACAAUAACAGAUGAAACUGGGAAAAUUAUUGGUUACGGUGUCACAUAUCCGUGUAUACAUGCUAUAUGGGCUAAUUGGGCUCCACCUCUCGAAAGAUCUAAACUCGCCACUUUAGCAUUUUCUGGUAGUUUUGUCGGAACUGUUUUCGCAAUGCCAGUUUGCGGAAUUAUGGCAGAGCGUCUCGGUUGGGCAAGCAUUUUCUACGUUUUCGGAGCAAUUGGGAUGAUUUGGUUCUUUUGCUGGUGGAUUAUUGUAAAGGACAAACCUGAGGACGAUCCAUACAUUUCUCAAGGAGAACUCGCUUAUAUCAAACUCUCUCUUGGAAGUGUUGAGCAAAAAAGAAUUGUUCAUCCCUGGAAGUCAAUGUUGACAUCUGCCCCCGUCUGGGCCAUUGUGGCAGCUCAUUUCAGCGAAAAUUGGGGCUUUUAUACCAUGCUUACCCAACUACCCACAUAUAUGAAUGAUGUUCUUAAUUAUAAACUGGAGAAAGCUGGAUUUUCAUCAGCACUCCCAUAUCUCGUAAUGGCAAUCGUCCUCCAAUUUUCUGGUCACUUAGCGGAUCACUUGAGGGCAAAGAAAAUUCUGACCACAACACAGGUACGAAAAAUUUUUAAUUGUGGUGCAUUUUUGUGCCAAACGAUCUUCAUGACGACAGCAGCCUUUGUUCUGAAUCCUGCAGGAGCAGUUUCGUGUUUGACUAUAGCAGUUGGACUUGGUGGUUUUGCCUGGUCUGGUUUUAGCGUUAAUCAUUUGGAUAUUGCCCCUCAACAUGCAAGCGUGUUAAUGGGAAUCGGUAACACAUUUGCUACUUUACCCGGAAUCCUGAGUCCAAUUAUUACCGGGUUCAUCGUUCAAGAAAAGACUGCAGCGGAAUGGCGAAUAGUAUUCAUUAUCGCCGGCUCAGUUUAUCUCAUAGGGGCUGUAAUUUAUGGGCUCUUUGCUUCCGGAGAUAAGCAGCCUUGGGCUGACGACACGAAAAAAGAAAGGGGCACUGCAUAUGAAAAUGCAGCAAUGGAAGUGGAAACACUGUAAGAGCAACCACUGUAUUUCAUUUUUCAGUACAGUAUUAAAUUUUAUACAUAAUUAUUGAUAAGUCCUAGACUCUGCACUAGUGCACAGGUCACAAUGAUCAUAUCGGCCAAAAAACUUGUAAAUAUAUUACAUCUAAACAGAUCAUCAAUACUUGAAUCAUGUAAAUUUGUAAAUAAACUGGUUAUUUCUUGUUUUACCAAUAAAACCCAUUAUUUCUA